AUGUUUUACUCCGGUGGCCGAGGUGGUGGUUUUCCAGCUAGGUGGGGUGAGGAUGAAUGUGGGAUGGAUAAGAAAUCUAAUGGUAGAGGAUGGUGUGGAAAUAUAGAGGUGGUGGUCCAGUUAGGUCUGGCGGCGACAUCGUCCGGCAGCGGUGGCAGAAGGGGAAGCAUCACAGCUAAUAAAGUAACUGAAGCCCAUCGAAGGGUGAUGGUUGCAAACCAUCCGGACAUUGGUGGUAGUCACUAUCUUGCUUCCAAAAUCAACGAAGCAAAAUACAAGCUCAUCAGGAAGCCCAACAACACUGACUCUGCUUUCUCAUACGAUUUAACUGUAGAUUCGGAUUCUGACUAA